AUGGGGGUGUGGUUCUUAACGCUUUUGCUUCUACUUAUCGCUAGUGUUUAUGGCGUUUACUCCUCAAAGGGUCGUCCUGGAACUCGUUCCCCUUCUCAUAACUCCAAAGCCUCAGUUUCGGGCCCUAUAACAAGUUCCGGUCUCUACCGUGGACCAUGGGUAGCGGGGUAUAUCUUCGGUGCCCUUGUGGUGGUAGCGAGCAUUGGAUUGUUGGUAUACUUCUGCUGUCUCCAUCGUCGUGGCAAGCAGUCACCAUCGGCAGUGGAUGAGGUACAAGACGUUCCGUCGACACCACCGCCUCCACCGCCGAAUUUUGCUAACGCGCCGCCGCCCUAUCCCGCUUCACCCCCACCGGGCAUCCAGCCACCGCCGUAUCCAGCCGUGACCGCACCGGCCCCGACUGCUCCUUAUCCAGCACCUACCAACGUCGCUCUGGGCUCGAGCUUGACGGAUUUUAAAUCAUUCUAUGAUCCACCCGAAACGAGUGCACUUGUUUACCAUGAACCACCAGAAUUACAUAGGCAGAAAGUUGGUCCACGUUAUUAUGGAUCCUAUGCUCUCAAAAUUUAUCCAGCCUCAUCAAUGAGAAAUCUUGAUCUAGUGUUUGACAAGGUGCACUCCGGUUAUGACAAUUUUGAGGGCAGGCUUAGCUUUUACCCUGGUGACUACGCCAGUUGUUGCGAAUGCGGUCGGUCAGCUCAGCCAGAACUGUCGGACAAGUGGCUCCGCCCAAAUACUGUUUCGUCUCUCCCCCUCUUGAGGCAAAUUCCAAGUGCUUUGAAUGUUAAGGUUGUGUCCACUUUGUACUACACUCAAAUGUCAGAUCUGUUUGAAGGCUUCUGUGGGCACAGAAAGUCCUUUCGUGUGGAACGUCGGUGGAUGGUGAAACUUUGUGCUGACAGGCUCAGUGACACCCCAGACCACUUUUUAUCGGAGAAAUCUCUGGCUUACAACUACUGCCUUCCGUUAUACGCUCUACAGCUUGGGGCUGAACGCUUUGACCCACAUAGUCAGGCUCCCAUAUCCUCUCGCGAGCAUUAUAUAAAAUGGGAACAGCUUUCGAAACUGGUGGAAAUGGGCGUAUUGCCAGAGCUGUCGAAGGCAGUCCAGGAGAUGGACUGGAUUCUGCCGACGGACAUUCAGAGCGAGGCUGUGCCUCUCAUCUUGGGUGGUGGUGACGUUCUCAUGGCCGCGGAAACUGGCAGUGGAAAGACUGGUGCUUUCUGUCUUCCUGUCAUUCAGAUUGUCUACGAGACGCUCAAGGAUCUAGAGGGUGGAAAAUUGACCAAAAAGACUCCUGAAGGUGGCAUCAAGGUGGCAAAAAAUGUUUGCCUCAACGUGUUUGAUAGAACUGAGGCCUUUGCCAUUGACCCAAAUGGUCUCCUCUGCCAAAGUCGUGAUCAAUUUGGUUGGCAUGGAGCACGGGCCACAAAGGGUGUCAGAAACCAUGGCAAGUACUACUAUGAGGCCAAAGUCACCGACGACGGGCUGUGCCGUGUUGGCUGGUCAACUGCACUGGCCUGUCACGAUAUUGGCACAGACACCGAGAGUUUCGGUUUUGGCGGUACGGGAAAGAAGUCUCAUCGUCGUCAGUUCGACGAUUAUGGCGAGUCUUUUGGGCUCAACGAUGUCCUCGGCUGCUACCUCGACCUUGACUCCCGAACAAUCAGCUGGUCCAAAAAUGGCAGACGUUUCCCCAAGGCUUUUGAUGUACCACCUCAUCACGUCUCGGCGGGGCUUUUUCCCUCGGUGAGUCUAAAGAACGCCGAGUUGUUGUUCAACUUCGGGGAAACACCGUUCGCCUUUCCACCCACCGGCGGUUUCAUUUCGAUCAACACUGCCGAGGAGAAGAAUGUGGUUUUAUCGUCCUAUACCGGUGGGAAGUCACAGGGCUCUUUCAAACCCAAUGCAAAAUCUCCACUGGCUUUGAUUGUUGAGCCUUCACGGGAAUUGGCAGAGCAAACCUACGAUCAGAUGAUCAAAUUCAAGAAAUACCUUAAGGAUCCAAGUCCCCGUGUCACAUUGAUCAUUGGUGGAACCAGCGCCAGGGAGCUAACAGAGGAAAUUAACAAGGGGGUUGACAUAGUUGUCGCCACACCUGGUCGUCUGGAGGAUAUGAUCUCGACGGGUGCCUUAUUUUUAUCCAAUUGUCGCUUUUUCAUCCUCGACGAAUGUGAUGGCCUCCUUUCCGCCGGCUACGAGCCAAUGAUCCAACGUCUGCACGCCCUCUGUCCCAAGGUCACGCCGGAUGGGAAGCGUCUUCAAAUGGUUGUGUGCUCAGCUACGCUGCACUCGUUCGAUGUUAAGAAAAUCGCCAACCGGUUGAUGCACUUCCCCGUUUGGAUCGAUUUGAAGGGUCAAGACUCCGUUCCAGAAACAGUCCAUCAUGUCGUAUGCCCCGUAGAUCCGCAUCAGGACACCUCAUGGAGGCAGUUGAUGAGCUCAUCCACCCAUCAUAUCCAGACUGACGGUGUUCAUAUGAAGGAUAGACUUAAUCCCAACUAUGAGACGCCUGAGCUUAUGUCAGAGGCAGUAAAGCUACUCAAGGGACAGUACGUGGUACGAGCGAUUGAACAGCAGAAAAUGGACCGUGCACUGAUCUUCUGUCGCACCAAGUUGGAUUGUGAUAAUCUGGAGCAGUAUUUCAUCACUCUGGGUGGUGGUCCAUCAAAGUCCCAUGGUCAAUUCAGCUGCGUUUGUCUUCACAGUGAUCGCAAUCCUGCGGAAAGAAAGACAAAUUUGCAGAAAUUUAAGAACGGCGAUGUCAACUUCCUAAUUUGCACCGAUGUCGCGGCACGUGGUAUCGACAUAACAGGCCUACCCUAUGUAAUCAACGUGACACUGCCAGACGAGAAACAGAACUACAUUCAUCGUAUUGGUCGUGUUGGCAGAGCUGAACGAAUGGGUCUCGCUAUUAGUUUGGUCUCCACGUGCAAAGAAAAGGUAUGGUACCACGCUAACUGCAACUCCCGUGGACGUGGCUGUUUCGACACACGUCUAGUAUCCAGCGGUGGCUGUUGCAUUUGGUAUGAUGAGAAGCAGUUGUUAGGGGAGAUUGAGGAGCACCUGGGCAUCACCAUCGACACGGUAUCAAAGGAUCUUCAGGUUCCUGCCAACGAGUUUGAUGGAAAAGUGGUCUAUGGACAAAAGUUGAAGAAUAUCGCACCGAGUUAUAAAGGUCAUACGGCUGUUUUGAAGGAGGCACUAAAGGAACUCAAUGUGAUGGAAAAGAGGGCGCAAAUAAGCUUCCUCAACCUACGAUAUGGCGGUGCAGCUAAGUGUUGA